GCACGCUAUAGCUGGCGCUAUCAACUUAACUUUUUUGGUCCGCGACGUUGUUGAAAAUGUAGACGAAUCUCAUACAUACAUGAGGGCAGUAUAUAUGCGCCAACAGAACCCUACCAUCACACCGUUGCACACUCGCUUUUUAUGAUUCUUAUCCAAUCUUAGUAUGGAGGCCCAGUCCACUGACAAACGACGGUCGCUGUCACUUCAGGUGUGCGACAUCUGUCAUUCUCGGAAGGUUCGAUGUGAUAGGAAGAAUCCUUGCGGAAAUUGCCAGGAUCAAGGGAAGGUAUGCACUCGUCACCGCAGUGUGAGACGUGGCCUGAGGAAAGUCUCUCAUCAAAAUGAUCGAGGAAACACUGCAAUUCAACCUGGUCGGACUUCCGCCCAGCCGUUGUCGGACUUGGGUUCGCUACGCGGUUUUGAUACCUAUUCACUCCCAUCGGAAAUGGAUAAUGAUAGUUUAACCCUGGAAAUGCCAGAGAUUGUGCCCAUGUUAAACAAUCCUCCACAAAUGACAUACGAGUUCCACAGUUGGAUCUCAAUCAUCCCCCUCACCGAUGCGCACAUGGCAAGCCGGCACCGGUUAAGUCAAGUUCAAGGCCUGGCUUGGAAUAGGCUGCAAGCUCUUGAGUCAGCCUUGUUCGCUGCAAAACAAGUUACAGAAAGUAUAGGGAAACAAUCCAAUAAUGUCGACCAGGGUGAAGAUCAGUACAAAAUCCCAGCCCCUGAGUUUCUAACAUGGAUGCUCAAAGAUAUUGGCACCGAUCACUUUGGCCUAUAUGUUCAAGACUACUUCCGACAUAUAUCUAAGCAGACUCUUGAGAGAAUGGGGAUGUGUCUGCUCCGCAAAGAUGCCUCGCCAACUGAUACAAUUCUCUAUACUGUUUGCGUCAAUUCUAUCGCUUACAAAUUUCUUACUACGACGCUUGUAAUCGAAGAGCACAGUGAAUUGACUCAAAGGCUAUGGCAGAACGCAUUGCAGUACCGAGCCACAGCCCAAGCAGCAUUGAGAAAGAUCCCACUCGUGAUUACACCAUCUUUUACACUCCUACAGGCAGUACUUUGUGGGAUCUUUCUAUUUCAGGGAUCGGGUGACACCAAUUUCUGCUGGGAGUUGACAAGAACUGCCUGCAGGAUUUGCACCGGUAUUGGCCUUAACACCACCGCCACCAAUGGUCGAGGUGUUAGUGAGGAGGAGUUUUAUUGCUUUAUAUGGUGUUAUAUGCUGGACAGGAAUUAUGCUUGGAAGCUCGGGCGAUCCAAAUGUUUUCUUGAAAUCAUUCCUGCGGGGAUCUUGCACGCUUCUUCCAGGGUGAAUCCCCCAAUCUCCGAGCUUCUCUUGAUAUAUCUGGACCUCGCCCAAAUACAAGACGGAAUAUUACCAUUCACAAGUGAUCCUUCCUCAGCAGGAAGCGAGCAUGCCGCCCCACCAUUAACUAACAUCAGAGAGCGAUUGCUUCCAAAAAUGGAAGAUAUCCGCAGCUGCAUAGACCAGAUCACAUCUCCUUCUGACCGCUGGAAAGGCUUAGAUAGCCGCAGUGAAAUCGCAGCCUUAGAUUUUGCUUAUCAUUCGGUUAUGACAACCAUUCUCCAUCUAGUUCAACUUACCCCUGGUCAGACCCUUAGUGCCAAAGACCUUUAUCUUGAUUCAGCACGUCAGGAGCUAUCGGCCUUAGUAUCAAUAUGUCUAUCAAGUAACAAGCAAAGUACGGUCGCAUUUCUACAUUGGACCCUUCUUUAUUAUCCCUUAACAGCCGUCUUUGUCCUUUUUUGCAAUGCCGUUGUCACCUCCCAUAUGGGCGACUUCAACCUUCUGAAAACAGUUGCGGAUUGCUUGACCCAGAGUGGAACAGCCAGCCAGAGUAUUGCCAAGUUGCAGAAACUCUUCCAGGAAUUUGUUUCACUCUCUCAGCGCUUCCUCAAUGACGAAAGCUCUGCUGUUCUCGUCCAGCAAGGUACUUCCCAGGGAAGCCUAUCUCCUGCUCAAGGAGCCACUUCUCAAGGAGCCACUUCUCAAGAUAUGGUCCACAAUCCUACCUCGCCGCACUGGUUAACUACCAGCUCUGCUUGGGCUCCAGGGAUUUUGGCUGGCUUGGACAGUCAUCCUUUCGACCCAGCAUUUCCCAUGUUAGAACUCUCUUACGGGGAUUCAGCUUUUUUCCUAGGCGGCCCCGGUGACUCCCAUCCGUUUAGCUCGGCAUGAGAACGGGCUUUACUCAACCCAGGGUGGAAGUAUACGCUUCCCUUUUAUUUUCGACUGCGUAGAUUGUAAUCUCAGAUACCACAUUUUUUUUCCGUUCCAUUUGUACCAAAGUGAAGUGAAUAAAUCGUAUGAACCUGCAUUGUUUGCUCUUUAUGAAAGGCUUUUUCUAAACAAAGCUUUACAUCGUUACCGGUGCUAUUGAAUCAGUCCCCAUGCUCCGCAGUACAGCUUUCUACCUCACGUUUCAAAUCCCCGGAAAGAAUCCUACCACCAUUGGGUCUAGGGUGUCAAAGCUACAUUUUGUAUGCGGAUGAGCGUUGAAGAACUGACUCUUUAUCUAACGAGCGACUCGGCCAGAUCACCACCGUGAAUGACCAUAGAAGAUCUAGAUACACUGAAGAGGGCCAUGUUUAAACUUGUCCGAACGAAUUCGAAAUG